UCCGACCUGUGUGCUGCCUCGGGGGUCAAACAGCCAAGCCGUUUCAUACACAGCCAGUUGUCUGUUUUCUUUGACAUCCAUGGAGACCUUAAAUGUUUGGGUUAGCCUCCUUCUGGGACUCUUAUUGUCAGAACUCGCUCUCAGGCCCUCUUCUGCCAUUCCACCUCAGGUCGCCAAGAGCUCCAAACACAUGGCGCUGAAGUCUCCGUCUGAGGAACCGCACCGGGUGCACACGGUGAGAGUGAGCUGCUAUCCGGACUCUCUGGAGAUCGUCAUUGACGCGGACAUGUUUGGAGUUGGAGCUCCUGUGAACAGUGCAGACAUUCGCCUGGGAGUGGAGCAGGAUGGAUACUGCACGGCUGCAGCGUCUUCAGGAGACGAGUACAGGAUCUUUGUUGGACUCAUGGAGUGCGGAACCAGACACUGGAUGACUAAGGACUCUCUGGUCUACACAAACCUCCUCAUCUACUCUCCUGAGGUGUCUCCUGAUGGGCUCAUUCGAAUGGAAGAGGCUGUGAUUCCAAUAGAGUGUCACUAUGAACGGAAGUACAGUUUGUCCAGUUCUUCUAUCAAACCCACCUGGAUCCCCUACACGUCCACUCAGGCUGCUGUGGAAACUCUGCAGUUUGACCUGAGAAUAAUGACAAAUGACUGGAUGUAUGAGAGAAGCUCUAACGUGUUUCACCUCGGGGAGCCCAUCAGUAUCGAGGCCUCGGUCAGAGUGGGACAUCAUAUGGGGCUCAGAGUGUUUCUGAGCAGCUGUGUGGCCACUCUUCACCCCGACAUCAACUCUGCGCCCAGAUACGUCUUCAUAGAGAACGGGUGCUUGCGUGACUCUCAGCUUCCAGGUUCAAGGUCUCACUUCUUACCCCGGACUCAGGAUGACAAGCUCCGCCUGCUCAUUGACGCCUUUAGGUUUCAUAAUGACGACAGAGGAGAGCUCUACGUCACCUGCCACCUGAAUACUGUACCUGUAAGCAACACAGAGUCCCCCGAUAAGGCGUGCACGCUCAACAAUGGAAGGUGGAGUUCAGCUGAUGGCAAUGACUACUUGUGUUGGCACUGUCAAAACCAAAAUGAAGUGGGACAGAUCCCCAGUAAACCCAGCAGCCCGCACAAGUUUGGGCCUCGUGGGUUUCUAAGGCUGGAAAAACCUGAAUCCUUCUGGAGGAGCGCAGUGACAUCUAAAGGUUGGGAACAAGAGGCCAAAGUGGGUCCCUUGCUGGUCCUGCCAGGUCAGCAGAGAAGUGGACCACUACCUGAAGACGAGCUCCCUCGUGCUCUCUUCAAUAUCGGCAGACCUGUGCAGUACGGCAGCAAGUGGAGGAGUGGGAUAAACGACAGAGUUGAGAAGCUUCCUGACUCCUCUGCAGAAGCCGAGGAUCAGACUUCGGAGUCUGACCAGGAAAAAUACUUUAAAAGUGAAGCAGACCAAAAAGAUGCCAAUGAAGACGGUGACAACGGUGAAGUCGCUGCUCCUCUAGAAGAGCUCCACCCUGCGAUCACGCUGGAGUCAGAGUCUGCAGAGAUGAACACAAACGACACAGAGGCUCUGAGCGACGUCCUCUCCACAAAUGUGUCUGCUACAGAAGUGACCGAAUGGACGAACGCUACCACAAUCUGAACUUUCCCAAA